UCGAAGAGUAACGACGCCGUGUCACGCCCGGAGGCCGCCACUUGUCAAGAUGCACUUCGCCGUCGGAGGCUUGAGCAACGAGGCGACGCGCGAGCUCACGGCCGUCGCCAAGCGGUCCUCGAGCGCGCUCCUCAGCGUCGCGCUGCGUUCGCAGGACUCGCCCAUCGUGUGGGCCCGCGCCGGCGCCGCCGAGAACGUCCAGCUCUUCUCGGGCGAGGCCAAGGUGCCGAGCCGCCUCGCGCCGCUGCAGUACAUGUGCGCCCACACGCAGGUGCACGCGACGCUAUCGGCGCUCAUGCCGCUCAUGUUGUACCUUCCGCUGCACGGCGACUUUCGCCGGUACGUCCACGACUCGGUGGUCAUCAACAGCCACACGCUCUUCGACAUUGAGAAGCCCGAGCUCGCGCAGCCCUACCGCGCGACGAGCAUCAACUGGAUGUCGAUCCGCAGUGCGUCGUCGCUCAUGCAGAACCGCGACUUUGUCUACGUCCAGCACCAAGACGAGCUCGAAGGGCCGACGAAAGGGUGGGUUUCGUGCAUGCACUCGGUCAACCUUCCGUCGUGCCCGCCAUUGUCGGACCGCCACAGUCUCGUCCGCGGCGGCAUUUACUCGUCCGGCUUUGUCUUCCGCGCGUCCAAGCGACCGGGGAUCCUCGACGCCGUCUUCGUGCUGCAAGUGGACUUUAAAGGCAAAGCGCCGCGCCUCCUCUGCACGAGCACGCUCAAGCAGUGGGCCACGAGCCUCGGCCGCAUCGCUGCGUACUUUGCACGACCCAGGCAUCUCGUGCGCCCGAGCUUUGCGCUCGUGGACGGCGACGACGACGAGGUCCGGCGCAAGUCGGACGUCUGCCGCGUCUGCGACCAAGCGCUCAGCGGCUUCCGCAUCGAGAAGGAGACGUGCCGCAAGUGCCAAGUGCAAAUCUGCAGCAAGUGCGCCGUGUGGAGCGAGGUCGAGCUCGACGUCGUCGGCAUUCUCAAGGUGCUCGUGUGCACGCCCUGCGCCGUCAAGGAGCAGCACCGCCUCCAGUCGCUCCUCGAAAGUGCAUUGCCCAAAGCCAAGCCCAUUCGCGCCAGCAUGCCAGCCGCGGCUGUCAGCGUCUCGGCGACCCCGGCCGCUUGGACCUCGAGCAGCAAGAUGCGGUCGCUGAGUCUCUUCGACGAGGGCCUCGGGUCUUCGACGGCUGACGACGCCAAGGGCAUGAUCCCGCUGCGCUACUCGCCCGCGCGGCAGUCGUAUCAAGAAGUGCCCUGCGAGCCGCGCCGGUCCCGCGCGUCGCUGCCCACCGCCGGCGUGCGCUCGUCGAUCAUCGAGCUCAACGACGUGUACACCAAGCCGAUCGUCGCACCCCGUUUUGUGCUCGGACGGCACGCGAGCGACUGCUCUCUCUCCGAGAUCAAGCGCGCGCAGCUCCAGCGAACGUCCCUGUCGCUGCCCGUUGCCGAGCCCGACGACUCGACGCGCUGUGUGUACGACGACCCGGACUCGUCGUGGCGGCCGCUCGACACAAUUUCAUCGACGGGCGCGCGCGCCGCCUCCGAGAGCGACGACUCGGACACACCAAGCAUGGUCCAGCUCUACACCCUUCGCGGGUCCCGACUCGACACGACCGACGCCGUGGUGUCCGGCUGCCUCUUGUAGUUCCACGCUCGUCCUAUUUACUACUACGCACAACGCAACCCUAACCCUACCGCAAGCAACGUCGGCCUCCU